AUGCUUCGUACAGCCAACAUCGAAAUGACCGACGGGAUCACGUCGGUCUUGAGCAUUUCCCAAGAUGGAAAUGUAACAGAGGUAACAGAACCAACCGGUGGCUUGCAUAUUAGAGAACAGCAGACGAGGAUUACAAUCUACGUUCCUGUGAACAAAAAGAAACAAGAACUCUGCUUCAGUUCCCUUUUGCCUAAGCAGUUCACAGACUGGCUAAUGCGAGAUGCUAUCACGCAUAUCCAAGACAAAGUUGACAGCACUUUGCUGGCUGCAGUCACUGCACUUUUGAGUAGUGAUCCCUCAGUCAUGGAUCUAGUUCUUGAUCACCACGGUAUCAUUGAAAUUGAGCUACCAAAUGAAGAUCCCAUAGAAGACGAUGACGACGACGACGACGACGACGACGACGACGACGACGACGACGACGACGACGACGACGACGAGUCAGUGUAG